CUCGAAAACCGCAUCGCCUCUGGCGACGCGCGGCGGGCGAGCUAGCUCCGACGACGACCAUGGCCUUCCCCGACGAGGAGGAUGACGAGGCCUUCCUCCUGGCCGUCGCGGCUACGGAGGCGGCGGCGGCGCUGGCCUCCUCGAAGCGCCGCCGCCUCUCCACCUCCCCGCCGGCCUCGGCCUCGUCCCCACCGACGCCGGCCGCUCCUCCUCCCCCCGCCGCCGUCCCCGAGGGGCUCUACCUGUCGGCGCUCAAGGGGAGCCACAGCUCCGCCUGGAAGCAGCAGCAGGAAACGCUGAGCCACAAGCGGCCCCCCGGUGGGUCCCAAACCCUAGCCGCUCCAGGCGGCGGCAGCGGCGGCGGCCCGCAGGUCGCGAGGGGCGGCGCGUGCUUCAAGUGCGGGGACUCCAGCCACUGGGCAAGAGAGUGCCCGCAAUCCAUGCCGGCUAGUGGCGGCGGAGGAGGGGCCUUUGGUGGAAGCGGCGGAGGGGGUGGGGGCGGUGGUGGUGGUUAUGUGGACGCCAAUGGGGCGGUGGAGGAGAAGGCGUGCCCCUGCGGCGCCGGCAGUUGCCUAGUGCUCACGUCCAACACACCGAGGAACCCGGGCCGCAAAUUCUACAGGUGUCCCAUGCGGGACAAUGGAGGUUGCAACUUCUUUGAAUGGUGUGAUACCCCAUCUUCAGGUGCUGCGCCUGCAAAUGGCUGUAGCAGUGCUAUUUCUCAGUCGGAUAAAUCAAUGCCAAAUAUGCUUUGUCCCUGUGGUGCUGGAGCUUGCUUAUUUCUCACCACAAAGACAGGAAAGAAUGUUGGGAGGCAGUUUUUCCGUUGCCCAGCUAAUCAGGGAGGUAGCUCUUGUGGCUUUUUCCAGUGGUGUGAUGAACAACUUAGGACAGCUGCUCAAUCUUCAACACAACAUCAUACUGAUGUUGCUUCGAGUGGCCAAAUUCCAAGCAAGAGGAGCUCCUCUGCCUGCUUCAAAUGUGGGCAAGAGAACCAUUGGGCAAAGGAGUGCCCGAAUCAAUCUUCAGAUCCUUAUCCUGACAAAGGCGGGAGAACAUUUACUUCUGCAAGCUCUCCCGAUGCGUGUUUCAAGUGUGGUAAGGCUGGGCAUUGGUCCCGGGACUGCCCCACCGCAAAUUGUGGUUCUGGUACCGUCACCAGCCAUGUCAAGUCCUCUUCUACUUUGGGCUCAUGGAACAGCCACAGAUACUGAUAGCAGGUACCUGUGAACUCAAUUGAACUGACAUGGACAUGCUGUACGAAGCUUGGACAAAUGCCUAUGACACGUGUUGCUUAGGUAUGCGCUCUUGCCAAAUGCCUUUUGCUACUUUUAUGUUCAGUAGUGAGUUUUACUGAGGACAUUCUGCCUUCAUGGUUCAUGCUUGUUGCUCUGGGAAUCUGUCAUCUGCUCUAGACAUUUCCGUUGAUGUAGAUAAGCAAAUUCAACAUUAUGUUCAAUUC